GCCUGCAUUUCAUGCACCAACCAACCAGAAAUAAGCCGGUCAUUUAAGAUCAAUGAAUAUUAAUUGGAUAUUUCGGGGUGGAGUUAUCUGGUGUUAUAUAUAGAGUUAUUAUAUGUACCUUUGUGGUAAUCAUUUUUUCGCCUUUCUAUUUGUCACACUGUUGGCCUGCCAGUCUGACUUACUGUACAUAAUUCGAACAAAAUGUGCUGACAUCAUUGAGCCAGUUGACGCGCAUUGUGAAGGUAAAAUGUAGUUUUAUAUAUAGCAAGGACCCGGAGUGUGAGGAUGACUGGGGGAAAACAUUUGGAUAAUGCAUUAUGUUUCUUGAAGCCUAGUAAGAGCAAGGACAAGUCUUCCACUGUUGACAGUGCUGGGUACAACAUGAGCCCGACGGAUAAUAUGCUGAUGACGAACAACCAGGAUUCAUGUAGCGUUGAGAGUACGGACAGCGAGAAUAAGACUCGGGGAAACUGGGGAGGCCAGAUGGAGUUCCUUCUCUCCUGUAUUGGUUAUGCAGUCGGCUUGGGAAAUAUUUGGCGCUUCCCUUAUCUCUGUAUGAGGAAUGGAGGAGGUGCAUUUUUGAUUCCUUAUUUUAUGUUCUUGCUGAUCGGCGGCAUCCCGCUAUUCUUCAUGGAGCUGAUCAUUGGCCAGUUCUCCAGCCUCAGCCCCAUCUCCGUCUGGGACAUGUGCCCGCUCUUUAAAGGUCUUGGUUGGGCAAUGAUCGUGGUCUCCGGGAUCUGUUCCGUUUACUACAACAUCAUAAUCACAUGGGUCAUUUACUUCUUGGGCAUGUCCUUCCAAUGGCCGCUUCCCUGGUCAAAAUGUGAUAAUGACUGGAAUACUAAAAAUUGUGUGGAAAGAGGGCGCCAUGCAUCAAAUUACUCAAUCUUGAUAAAUUCCACUAACCUUGAUACUACGACUCCAGUCUUGUUUGUUCAGAAUUUUACUGGAAACAGCACCGCCAAUGAAACUCAGAAAAUGACUUCAGCGGAAGAAUUUUGGCAGUUUAACGUCCUCGAGAUGUCGGAUGGCAUUGAGAAUCUUGGCGGCUUGCGCUGGCAGCUUGUCGUCUGCCAUGUUGUCGGUUGGCUGCUCGUCUUCCUCUGUCUUGUCAAGGGCAUCAAGAGUUCAGGGAAGGUGGUGUAUGUAACGGCAACUGUGCCAUAUAUAUUCCUGACAAUUCUGCUCAUACGAGGCUGCAUGAUGCCAGGUGCUAUUGAUGGAAUCAUCUACUACCUCAAACCAGACUUUGGCAAGCUACUUGAAUUCAGGAUUUGGACCGAGGCAUGCCUACAGAUAUUUUACUCACUCGGACCAGCCUGGGGUGGGCUGAUUACAAUGUCAAGCUACAAUAAGUUCAAUCAUAACAUUUACAAGGAUGCAAUCGUCGUACCUUUUGUCAACUGCUUCACCAGUUUCUUUGCUGGUUUUGUGAUAUUCUCUGUGAUAGGGUUCAUGGCUUACGAAGCCGGGCUGCCAGUUGAGAAAGUCAUCACCUCCGGUCCUGGUCUAGCAUUCGUUGCCUACCCGGAGGCGCUGACACAGCUGCCUGGAGCACCUAUCUGGUCCGUGUGCUUCUUCGUCAUGUUGCUGACCAUAGGUUUGGACAGCCAGUUUGUCAUGUUUGAAACGCUUGUCAGCGGAAUUGUUGACGAGUUCCCGCAGUUAUUCCGCGGGAAUAAGGUCUUGGUGACGGCAGGCAUGGCAAUGUUUGAGAUGGUGGUUGGACUCCUCUUUUGCUCCAGGGCAGGGAUGUACAUCUUCCAGAUUGUUGAUUGGUACACAGCAUUUUUCUCAGUGACCCUGAUAGCCGCCACUGAAUGCUUGGUUAUUGCUUAUCUCUACGGUAUGGACCGUCUCAUUGGUGACCUUGAAAUGAUGAUUGGCCGCCGCGUCUGCUGUGGUUGGAAGAUUCUGUGGGGCGGACUCACACCGAUUGUCAUGCUCGUGUGUCUGAUUUAUUCGAUUGUGGCGUUUGACAAUCCUAAGUAUGGCGACUACUCGUAUCCAGUCUGGGUGGAAGUGAUUGGUUGGAUGCUCUCAUUCACCUCCGUGAUCCACAUUCCGGCGUUCAUUAUCUACAAAAUGGCAACAACAGGAGGAACGUUUGUGCAGAGACUAAAGUCCAAUGUCCGACCAUGUGCGUCCUGGGGACCAGCAUUGGAGAAACACAGAAAGAAUUAUGAGGGGGUUGCAGGGUCGGACCCCGAGGCAGGAAAACCAAUAGAAAUGCAGGAAAAGUUGUGAAAAGGACCGUAGAAUUCAGUCUCAUCAAAUUUUGAUAAGCUAAUUCACUUGAUUUCACCAAGGAGGAUACCGCGGUGACGUCACGGCUUUUCCAAGAUGGCGCUGCAUAUUGUAAACAAACUCGAUCCACGGCCAAGGGAAAAUCAAGUAAUCAAAAAAGUUAGAUUUUUCGCAUCAAGUCAGAGUUAUUAGUACUUUUCUGCUAUGAAAUAAGUCUUCAGACAAUAAGCUAUCAUUUGAAUAAUGAAAAGUGCUGUUUUGAUGGGGAAAAAUAGGGUUUUUUAAACCAAAUAGCCGGCACCGAUCUUCCAAAAUUAGCGAUGGUUUCAAAACAGUCUCCCAGAUAUGGGGCAAUCUCUUCAUUAUCAUAAUGGGAUUUGGAGGCAUGUUUACAGAUUUUACAAGUUCGAGACCUGUAAUACCUAAAACUCGCAUAGAUCCCCAUAGAUCCCCUCUAUUUGUCGAGUUAGCGCCCCUGUAAGAUCAUGCAUUUUCGGACACUAGAACGAAAUCUUCCUGCGGAUAUCGCGGUUUCGGUGAUGAUUUAAGGAGAAAUUGACUGUUCUUAGAGUUGUAUGGGACAGAAAUGAGUUCAUACUUCAUGAAUACAUGAAUAUAUUAUGAUAUGGGCGGGCUUCUAAGUCAAAACAAUAACAAACUCAACUGCAUCUCUACUGUAUAUUGCGUAGUGUAUUGCCUAGUGUAUUUCGUAGUGUAUUUUAGCGGAGACAUUAUUUCCGCACUUUGGCCACGCCAAACGUCUUUUUUAUUCGUGGAAGUUAAUCUGCUCUGUAAAUUUUAUUUUACACAGGAAGAAUCCAUACUAGGUAUUGCAAUAUUUCAUGUCUAUUGGUGUUUUUGUGUACAGGAGCGCACCAGACAGUGAGACGUGGAGAUGUGUUCAGUGCUGGUGCUGUCAGUAGACUGAAUCUGAUUGGCCAUAGCGAUCACUAAUAUGGGUCGGGAUCACGUGAUGUGACGUCACCGCGGUAUCCUCCUUGUG